CCUCAUGAGGAAAUGUAUCACGCCUGUGAUACCAACAGACGUAUGUCGGCGGCCAAGUCGAUGUAUGGACGAAGCAGUUGGUACAAAGCCACACGGCUAGACCCAUACCACGACAUGAUGGGCAGCGUGCUCGAUAAGUCUGUUCAUCAUGCCCUGAAGACAAAGUUGCAACCCGGGUACCUUGGUAAGGACAUUGCUGGGUUGGACGCUAGCAUCGACUCUGGAAUAGCAGACUUGGUAAGCUUGAUUAGAAAGAGCUACGCCACCAAGCAUCACCCGCAGGGGCCAGGAGAUGCAGAUACUCCAAGACUCUCGGAGCAAACGCCUGUAGACUUCGGCCGACUCGCGCACUACUAUGCCAUGGACGCUCGCUCGAGGAUGUCCUUUGGACAACCCCUUGGGCUUCUUCGGAAAGACUCGGACGUCUUUGGACUGGUUGCUAUGUCGAAUCUUGCCAUAGAUGUCUUACAAUUCUUCACUGAUAUUCCGCCUCUUCAACGAAUUUUCACCUCAGACCUUUCUCUACGGCUGCUUGGCCCGAAACCGACGGACAAGAAUGGCUUUGGAAAGAUCGUGGGACUUGCCAAAGAGCACAUUGCCGCCCGAUUUGGUCCUGAUGGGAAAGAUGAGCCUGACUUACUCGGAUCAUUCAUACGUCGCGGUCUUGAUCAGCGCUCAGCGCAGUCCGAGAUAAUGUUUCCAAUGGUCGCUGGCUCUGACACAGCAGCAAAGGCCAUCAAAUGGACAAUGCACUAUGUCCUUUCAAAUAUCUCUGUGUAUAAGUCUCUUGUGAAAGAGAUUGAGGACGCCAUGCUCGAAGGAAGAAUAUCAGAUCCCAUCACAUAUCAAGAAGCCCAGCAACUGCCAUAA